AUGGGCAUGCUGAAAGACCAACAAAUGCGAUCGAGCCUCCAAGUGGCUCCUCUCACCAUCCAAAAGGCCGUACGCCCGGCUGAGUCCUCGAGCUAUGGCUCCUCUACAGACCACAACCACACCAAUUCCACCUCGCAAUCAGAAAUGACUCCGCCGGCCACCCCCAACGGCUCGCGGGAAGACCUCAACAUACAGCAGCAGGCCAAUGCGCCGCCUGUAUUCCACAACUUCCUGCGAGCCUUCUACCCGUUCCACCCGAGCUAUGCCAUGAGCGACUCGACCGUGACCGUACCGCUGAACGAAGGAGACGUCAUCAUGGUUCAUUCGAUCCACACCAAUGGCUGGGCCGACGGUACCCUGCUCAUCUCUGGCGCACGAGGCUGGCUCCCCACUAACUACUGCGAGCCGUACGAGCCGGACGAGAUGAGGAAUCUGCUCAAGGCCCUCUUGAACUUUUGGGACUUGCUGCGGAGCACUGCAGUCAACGACAAUGAGAUUUUCGGCAAUCAGGAGUUUAUGAAAGGCAUUAUUGCUGGCGUCCGCUAUCUCUUGGAGCGCACAAAUUGCUUGACGAGGGAGUCGGCCCUUAUCCAGAGGCACGAUGGUCUCCGGCGGGGCAGGAAAUCCCUCCUGUCAGAGCUAUCAUCCCUGGUCAAGUCUGCUAAGCGUCUACAGGAGCACCAGAAGACCCUGCUGCCCAGCGAAGAUGUCAAUGACAUUGUGGACGAGAUGAUUCUCAAGGCUUUCAAGAUCGUCACCAAGGGCGUGAGAUUUCUAGACGUGCUGGACGAUGACAGGAGAUCGAGGGCACCUGCGGUGACGGUGAUGGCGACUGUGCUCGAGGAGGCGAUCCCGCCGACCCCACCCGCCGAUGCCACCACCUUCGAGGACAACCGGGACCAGGGCGAGGAUGCAGCUGCCCGCUCCCAACCCAGCACUGUGGUCGCUGUGUCAGAAGCAAGCGAUGCGACACAGACGGAGGCUCCCGUGAACAAACAUUUGUCAGCUGUCUACUCGCCCGCGGCGACCAACUCCAACCGGCUGUCUCAAAACAGCCCACUUCUGGUCAACCGCCUCUCGGCCAGCAUCUCGCACCGGGUCUCCCUAGCUGGUCCAUCGCCCCUCUCUCGACCGCAGAAUCUUGUCUCACAACGAUUGAACGACAGCCAUGACACCUUCCUGUCUUACCUUGGUUCGUUCAUCGGGCGCCUCCACCUCCAAUCCCAAUCUCGGCCUCACCUGGCGCUGGCCAUUAAACAGUCUGCAACAUCGGGCGGUCGCCUGCUGGUGGUUGUGGACGUUGUGUGCGCGCACAACGACCUGAGCAGAGAGAUGCUUGGCCGGUCCCGUGCCGCAAUGUACGACCGCAUCGUCGACCUCGUGCACGCUGCACGAGACAUCCUGACGAAUGUUGGGCCCGAGGUUGCCGACGUGAUCAUGGCCGAGGAGACCAGCCGCUUAUUAUAUGCUGCGACUGGCUGCGUCAAGGCCACCGGCGAGUGUGUUGCCAAGACAAAGUGGGUGAUCGAAAGGAUAGGCGACUUCGAGUACGAGUUUAGCGAUCAGGAUCUCGAUGUCGAUCUCGGUCUCGAGGCCCUGGAUGUUGUGCCGGAGAAGGAACGAUCCAACAGCGUCUGCGAGGCUUCCAGCAUCUCGGACUCGGUCGUAUCAUCGGCCGUCUCGGAGGUCCCUCUCCAAGUAUCUGUGUCUGCAGCGGCACAAACAAUGGCUGCGCCGAUCGCGCCCACCAUCAUCCCAGUUCGUCCUCCGGUUCUGGCGAUCGACAAGCCUCUUCCCGAUGUCCCCCAGGUCCAGUCACUUUUGGAGGACAAGCGUGCUUCGCAACACUCUCUUCCUGCCUCCCGACCCCCGUCACAGGUUGUGGAUGAUAAUGCCGACAGCAUGGCCUCAUCGGUAUCCUCGCUUCGUCCUUCCCUGCCCCCCCUACCCAAACUGGCGACUAGCCUGGCAAUCCAGGAUGAGUACAGCCCCUCGGAGCAGUCUGCCGGCCACGAUAGCGAAUUCCACAGCUCUUUCCGUUCUGAGAGCUCGACUGCCACGAGCUCGGGCACAGACAACUCCUACAACAGCCGGAUCUCAGAGUCUAGCCUUGUGUCUCAGACCUCCACCCGGGCCACCACUCCUGACCACACGCUAGUGCCGAAAUACCAGACUUCGUUUUCUGAGCUCAGCUCUGCUGGUGGCGAGUCUCAGGAGGGUGUCGAAGACGUCGAGUCCAAGCUUCUGGAGAAGACUUACGCCCAUGAGCUGAUGUUCAAUAAGGAGGGGCAGGUGACUGGUGGUUCGCUCUCGGCCCUGGUCGAGCGCCUCACUACGCACGAGUCAACUCCUGACGCCAUGUUUGUGUCCACUUUCUAUCUGACAUUCCGCUUGUUCUCCACGCCCCUCGAGCUGGCCGACGCCCUUAUCGACCGCUUCGACUACGUCGGCGACGCUCCGCACAUGGCCAGCCCUGUCCGCCUCCGGGUCUACAACGUCUUCAAGGGCUGGCUGGAGUCACACUGGCGUGAUGAGACCGACCGCGAGGCCAUCCCUACCAUCCAACAGUUUGCCGACUACAAGCUUGGCUCCAUCCUCCCCUCUGCAGCUCGCCGUCUUCUCGAACUCGCCGAGAGGGUGUCAUCAAUCGACGGUGCUGUUGUCCCUCGUCUCGUCUCUUCCAUGGGCAAGACCAACACAUCGAUCUCCCAAUACAUCCCUGCAGACACGCCCAUCCCGCCAUCGAUCAUCACCAAGAGUCAGAUGCACGCAUUGUCCAACUGGAAGAACGGCGGCAGCUGCCCAACCAUCAUGGAAUUUGACCCUCUCGAGGUCGCCCGCCAGCUCACCAUUAAGCAGAUGAACAUCUUCUGCUCGAUCAUGCCCGAGGAGCUUCUCGGUUCGCAGUGGAUGAAGAAGGGUGGCCUCGGCGCCCCCAAUGUCAAGGCCAUGUCUUCGCUGUCGACUGACCUGUCCAACUUUGUCGCCGACACCAUUCUCUACUACCAGGACGUCAAGAAACGUGCUGCCUGCAUGAAGCAGUGGAUCAAGAUUGCCCACCAGUGCCUCGAGCUCCACAACUACGACGCUCUCAUGGCUAUCAUCUGCAGUCUCAACAGCUCCACCAUCACUCGUCUGCGUCGCACCUGGGAGUUCGUGUCCGUCAAGCGUCGCGAGAUGCUGAAGACGCUUCAGGCCAUCGUCGAGCCUUCCCAGAACAACAAGGUUCUCCGUGGCCGUCUGCACGACCAUGUCCCGCCUUGCCUACCCUUCCUCGGCAUGUUUCUGACCGAUCUGACUUUUGUCGACAUGGGCAACCCGGCCACGAAGCAGCUUCCCGGCUCUGACGGGACGGAGCAGAGCGGCAUGACGGUCAUCAACUAUGACAAGCACACGAGGACUGCGAAGAUCAUUGGCGAGCUGCAGCGGUUCCAGAUCCCGUACCGACUGAACGAGAUCCCUGACAUGCAGGAGUGGAUCCAGAAGCAGGUUGAACGGGUCCGCGAGCUCGAGAAGCCCGGGGACAACGUUCAGGUCAACUACUACCGCAAGAGCUUGCUCCUGGAGCCUCGCGAGACUCAGAUGCUCAAGACGCCCAUCGAAGGGCCGGCUGCUUCAUCUGCCAAGGACACGUCGUCAUCCAAGACCGAUCUGUUUGGCUGGAUGCGGAGCAAUGGCAACAACACCACCACGGCAAAUGUUGUCUAA